CCGCCUCAGGCCAUGAUCUAAUUACAGCGAUGCCACCAGGGCAGCUCUCCGCCCCCUCCCGCGCCGCGGCCGGUGGCCGCCGCUGUCACCGGGCCCACGUGAGGCCAGCGCGCCCGCCCCGUGACGGUGGUUGCCUUAGCGACGGGCGGGCGCUGCAACCGCCGCCGCGUCCGCGCCGUUUGCCGGCCCGACCAUGGCGGCAGAGGAAGAGGAGGGCGACGUGGAGUGGGUGGUGGACACCAUUGCUGGGUUCUUGCGGGGACCCGCCUGGUCCAUCCCCAUCCUGGAGUUCAUGGAGCAGAAGUGCGAAGUUUUUGAUGAUGAAGAAGAAAGCAAGUUGUCCUAUACAGAAAUUUACCAGGAGUACCAAGCUCUAGUUGAAAAAUUACUAGAAGACUAUCUUAAAGAAGUUGGAAUCAAUGAAGAGAAAUUUCAAGAAGCUUUUUCGUCUCCUCUUGCAAAAACACACACUUCACAGGCCAUUUUGCAAACUGUGUUGGCAGCAGAAGAUUUUAGACUAUUUAAAAAAAUGAUGGUACAGAAAAAUAUUGAAAUGCAGUUGCAAGCUAUUAGAAUCAUUAAAGAAAGAAAUGGUGUUUUGCCUGACUGUUUGACAGAGGGUUCUGAUGUAUUCAGUGAAAUUGAACAAGAAGAAAUGAAAAUACUGAGAGAGGUUCUAAGGAAAUCAAAGGAAGAAUAUGAAAUGGAGCAAGAGAGGAAAAGGACUGAAGAAGUACCUUCCAGAUGUAAAUCACCGGAUGUUACCUGCAGCUUUCCAGGAGAUUCAAGAGAAGUUGUGAAAGUCAAGGAGUCCACUGAGAGAGCUGAUGCUUCUGGAGAAACUCCAAAACUUCCAUUAGAGCAACCUCAGAAACCUGCAAGGGAAGACUUAAAACCAGUGUGCCAAUUACAGAAAGGACCAGAAAGCUUACCUCAGCCAUCCUACACCAGAGGGAAAGAGGACACUAAGAAAAAGUCAUCUGGAAAGUGUUCAGAAAUUGCAGCACAAAAAGCUGGGACAAAAGGACCGAAUUUAUCAGAAGUUGAAGCACAGCAGCUGAAGCAACGAGAGGAUUACCUAAAGAAAAAAAGAGAUAUGCUGAUGGCUACAAAGAAGGAGUCAAGAAAUAACAUACAGUUACCAGUGGACACUGACCAGAAAGAGGAGGAAUCGUCUCCUAAAGAGGAAAUGUCAGAGGAGAAGCAAAGAUUGCUACAGAAGAGGAAAAUGCUUGCAGAAAAACUAAAAGAAGAAGUUAUUAACAAGCGGUAGUUUCAAUGGCUCAUUGCAGACCCAAAGAAUAUAGAAUCAUAGAAUUGUUUUUGGUUGGAAAAGACCUUUAAGGUCAUCAAGUCCAACCAUUCUAACUCUACCAAGUCUGGUGCUAAACUACAUCCUUCUGCACCACAUGUACACAUAGUUCAAAAACCUCCAGGGAUGCAGACUCAACCAUCUCCCUAAGGAUCCUGUUCUAGUCUUUGAGAACCCUUUCAAUCAAGAAGUUUCUUCUAUUACCCAACCUAAAUCUAUCCUAUGGUACAACUUGAAGCCAUUUACUCUUGUCCUAUCAUUUGUUAUUGGGGAGAAGAGACCAACACCCUCACUACAACCUCCUUUCCAGGAGGUACAGUGAGGUCUCCCCUCGGCCACUUUUAGUCCAGGCUAAACAACCCCAGUUCCCUUAGCCACUCCCCAGGACCUGUUCUCCAGACCCUUCACCAGCUUUGUUUUUCUCUGGCCUUGCUCCACCACUUCCAUGUCUUUCUUGGAGUGAUAGCCCCAAAACUGAAUGCAGUGCUCAAGGUGUGGCCUACCCAGUGCUCAGUUGAGGGGGACAAUCACUUCCCUGGGCUUGCUGGUCACACUGAUUCAGGCCAGGAUGCUUGUUGGCCUUGGGCACAGAGUUGCUUGUAUUCCGCUGACUGUCCAUCAAAAUCCCCAGGUCUUUCUUUGCCAGGCAGCUUUCCAGCCACUCUCCCAAGCUUAUAGUCUGGCAUGGGGUUGUGAUCCAAGUGCAGGACCCAGUUUUACUUAAGUCCAAAUAACAUCCAAAGCCUUUCACUCAUCCAGUAAGUAGGUCACUUGUCAUAGGAGAUCAGGAAAUCACAAAGUUGUUCUCAGAAAAAAAAAAAAAUCUAUUAUCAAUAAUUGUGAUUAUUCUUAAAUACUUCUAAAAAAGAAACUUGUUACUUCAAAUACUUAAAGCUACACUGAAAUAUACUAAACUGACUCAGUUUCCAGACUACUGGAACCUCACUGACUUUCACUACAACAUGUUCAGCAAUGAGGCCAUUUCAUGUUCACUGCAGCACAUAAAGAUUUUCUGCACGACUGUGUAGAACAAAAGCAGACACUGAGGUCCAGUAAAAUAACUCCCAUGUGAACAAUUCUGAAUUUUUACUUUAUUUUUAAUCCUAGAACUUUGUUCAUUAGAAUGUUACAAAUUAAUGACUUUCUCAACAGUGCAGCAUUAAUAAAAUCUAAUUUCACAAGGGAGUGCAACUAUGACCAUUUUACUUUUGAACAACAGGGAACACAGCUUUUGAAGUAGAGAUGUUCAGUUAUGUUGUUUUACAUAACUUUUGGGGUGGUUUACCAGUCCUUAGGGCCAGUUUUGCCACAAGUAAGAUUUUGACAGUCUUAAAGCAGAGAGGCUGGUCUUGCCACCACAUCAGUACAUAGCUGACUGCACCAGUAACUGGCAGCAGAAGAAAUGACCCAAGCAGUUUGGGUUUCAUGUAACUUUUUAUUAAAAUAGCAUUUAUAACUGAUACACGUUGGCAGAUGUUCUGUUCUUUUCCAAAAGACUGGUAAUGGAAGGAGCCCAGGCAUGAGAAUAUGGCUGCUCACUCCAGGACCCUGGCAGCACCCACCAGGUCACUCUGGGAAACAGCUUUGAUAGGGGUGAUGCUUCCUGGUGACAAAAGCCAGUUACAAAGAGUGGUGCAUAUCACCUUUUACAGGGAUUUGAGUUUACUUAAAAGGGGACAGCUAAUGCUAUUUUACAGUCUUUACCUAGUAACUAUAAAAGUUUGUGACAUUCUUAUUUUUGCUGUAAAAAACCCAAACCUUCACAUUGUUCUGACUGUAUUUUUAAAGCUCCUGACAGUACUGCAGGGGAAAGUUGACAUGGUGGGGAACAGAGUAAGGACUCACACGCUUCAGUUGGAGACCCUCAGAGGACUUGGUUUGAGUAGCCAUUAUCCAGGACAACUUGGGUCCACAGACCAGGCAAUGCAGUUUUUCAGCCUCAGGUUAGUAAAGGCACAUAGACUGCAACUGCUGCUCAAGUAGCAUCUGUGGUGCUGGAGGUUAAACAUUGUUACCAAUGGAGAGAAAAGACCCAUCAGGAAGAAAACCAGAUGACUGGUAGGAUGACGAAGACACUGCACCUGCACUUUCUCAGCAAACUCUUCCUUGGAUCCUCAACAUUCAGAGCCGACAGAGCAUCUCAGCACACAGGUGAGAGUCCCCUUCUCAGUCGCCUGGACCAUGUGAAGAGCUGUACCAUCGUCCCCAGGUCCACAUGCAUCAACUGUCCGGCAGAAGACUUGUGCCUAGCUUACGAAGCAGGAAGGACUCACACAUCCCCUGUGGGAUUCAAUCUAGCAGUACAGAGCUACUUUAAAACUGCAUGAACAACUAAUCUUAAAAAAUACUCUAAGAUGGCCACAUUUAGAAUUCUGACUUAACUUGCCCUGUACAACAAACCAAACCAAAGCAGUACUUAUGGAAUUACAGGGUCACAUUUUAAUUCCUGAAUUGUACAGUUCAGCAUUAAUAUCACCACAUGUAUACAAAUGGUGUAAAACAAAUACAGUGGUAUUUUUAAUACAAAAUAAACUUCUGUUUUAUGGAAAAAAAACCAAACUAUACUUCAUAUCUACAUAGACAGCCCAUCUUUUUCCAAACAAUAGCUAAAAUUAAAAGUAACUACCAAAAAAAAUCUCCAAAACAGAGAAACUGCUUCAGUUUAACCUAUUCCAGGAGAAAUGGACCCAUAACACCUAUUACGAGAGUGAUCUAUGUGGUGGAUUGCAGCUGGUUUCAUAUUAUAACAUUUCUGACACAAUUUCCUUUCAUUUCAUCAUGAUCUCAGAUCAUGGGCAAACUAACAUUAAAAUAUUUACAGUUCACUUACUGCUCUUGAAAAUGAAACGUGGACUGUUUGCCUCUCAACUCGCCCAUUGCUGUUGCAGUUUGCUCACCUACCAUGUGGAAUGUGCUUUUACUUUUAAAUAAGCAGCUUUCAUAUUACACCCAGAUUCAGAUGCUGCUUGUUGACUGUACCUCAGAGAUGCUGUUCUAACAAUUCCAUCUUGGUCCAAAAGUGACUUUGGUGUUCAUCACUACGAAAAACUUAUUAGUGUUUCUUAUCACCACCUCAAUUAUGCAAUUUAAACUUGCACAGAGGGAAAUGGUGCACUGCUCUGGAGAGAGCUCAUAUCAUGACACAGGAAGCAACUCAAAUUUGAGAUUUUCUGCAUUGUGAUGCUGCCAGCUGUUUGGAGAUGCCAUGUACAGCACCACUGUGACACAAGCAGCUCCUAGAGAUAGUUGGAAGUGAUUGUUCCUUGGAAUAGAUAUUACUGGACAUAGACUCUUACAACCAAGGAAAACCAUCCAUUUCGAAUCCAGCUUCCGUUUUUCUCCUCUUGAAAAAUACAAAUUAAAACAUUAACUGUUUUAAACAACUCAACGUGUGCUAUAACUGCAAUGUCCCUCCAACUAUGAGAAAUACAAUUUACUGGGUAAAUAAAUGGUCCCAAAUCUG